AACAAAACAAAAUCAUACAUACUCCAAAACAAAAGAAAAUUUAAAAUAUAUCCUAAAGUUUUCUUUCCUUUCGCUUCUUGUUUAGUUUCAACAUAAACUUUUUUUUGCUUUCUUGAUCUAAGAAAAAAAGUUUUAGUGAUUCCACUGAAAAAAUGGAAGAUUCAAGCUUUAUGGAUUUGAUGAUCGACACUGAUGAGUAUCUGAUCGAUGACUGGGAAUCCGAUUUCCCGAUAUGCGGAGAAACUAACACCAAACCUGGUUCUGAGUCUGGAUCUGGAACCGGGUUUGAGUUGGUACCAGAGAGACCAACAAAGCAAAUGAAAACUAACAACAACAUCAACUCAACAUCUUCUUCUCCGUCGUCGUCUUCUUCUUCUUCGGGUUCACGCACGUCACAAGUGAUCUCAUUCGGGUCUCCGGACACGAAGACAAACCCGGUCGAGACAUCAUUGAACUUCUCCAACCAAGUAAGCAUGGAUGAGAAAGUGGGGUCCAAAAGAAAAGAUUGUGUUAACAAUGGAGGAAGAAGAGAACCACAUCUAUUGAAAGAACAUGUUUUGGCUGAAAGAAAACGUCGACAAAAGCUCAACGAGCGUUUGAUUGCUCUCUCUGCUCUUCUUCCUGGCCUCAAAAAGACGGACAAGGCAACCGUUCUUGAAGACGCGAUCAAGCAUUUGAAACAACUUCAAGAACGGGUAAAGAAGCUAGAGGAAGAGCGAGUUGGGACCAAGAAUAUGGAUCAAUCGGUUAUAUUGGUGAAGAGAUCUCAAGUGUAUUUAGAUGAUGAUUCUUCAUCUUAUUCUUCUACUUGCUCUGCUGCGUCUCCUCUGUCUUCUUCUUCGGACGAAGUUUCGAUCUUGAAACAAACAAUGCCUAUGAUCGAAGCCAGAGUGUCAGGCAGAGAUUUGCUAAUAACAGUUCAUUGUGAGAAGAACAAAGGGUGUAUGAUCAAGAUCUUAAGUUCAUUGGAGAAUUUUCGCCUUGAAGUAGUCAAUAGCUUCACUUUACCAUUUGGAAAUUCAACUAUCGUUAUAACCAUUCUCUCUAAGAUGGACAAGUUGUUUUCUCGACCUGUUGAAGAAGUGGUGAAGAACAUAAGACUUGCGUUAGCUGAAUAAUGUUUUUUAAAACGUUUAUGUGAAUUUCGCAGUUAAUAAACGUGUUAGAUUUGG